AUGGAUUCCCAACCCGAUUCUAUCCAAAAUUCGCAGCAAGAAGCUCAAGGCGAUUCUUCCACACCGGUUGCUGACCUAAAUCAUGAUCGCAUACCAUUGGAUACUUCUUCACAAACAGAUUUGAACGCCACUACUUCGCAGUCAUUGGAUAAUUUAAGGAGAUCAAGGCGUGUCCCAAAGCCAAGAUCAAGUAUUUAUGAUGAGUAUGAGGAAGAACUAAAGGAGAGGGCUAAUAAACCCAAGAGGAAAAGGCCUGCGGCUUCUAAGAAGAAGCCAUCUGCAACACAGAAGGAUAAGCCGAGCGGUAAAGUGGAGAAAAAGAAGGCUACCACGGCUGAUAAGGAUGGUAAACCCACUUUGAAGGCUAAUGACAAAAAAGUGAUGCCGAGACCUAAACCUGCACAUGAACAGGUAGAACCUGCUUUGAUUCCUAGCAAUUGGACUUCAGCAAUACCCCUACUUACUUCGGAUUUUAAAAACCAAUACAGUGUCAUCUCUAGGUUGAAAAAUCCGAAUAUGAAACCUGUCCCAUAUGCUGGUGAUAUUAUUAAGCUGAUGGCAUUCAUAAAUAAGUUUAGUUCAUUUUUUGACCACGACUUACAGAACUUAUCGUUCCAAGAUUUCGAAGUUGGUUUGGAUUUAUAUCCUGGUGAUCCCAAGGGAAAUGCAGCAGGUAUCGUUAGGAGUCCCGAUGACACAUCCUUGUUGCUAUAUCCUGAUUUUAUGGCCAUCAAGGACAUCGUCCAUUGCCAAGACAAGAUGAACUUUCUGUUUUUAACCUUGUUAGAUUUGACAUUUGCAGAGAAUUUAGAUAGUAAGAAUGCGAAAAAAAAGGGCCCUUUGACUACUUGGGAUAAGUUAAAUUCAUCUUCCAAAAAAGUGUUUUCUAGUUCCCUUUAUCGAUUAAGGCUUGUGGCCCAUGAAUGGGGGUACCCACGGGAAUGGCGUCAACAUCUUCCUAGUGAUCAAGACAUUUCCAAACCGAGAACCGCUCUUUUCGAGCAAGAUGAGCAAACUCCAGUGGUGGAUCCAAGACGUCCAGAAAUUCUGACCCCAAAUAUUUAUACAUGGAAUAAAAAUGAACCACUUCCAUUAGAAUCGGAUCCUCUACAAAAUCGAGAAAUGGAUAAGAACGGUAUUUUGGCACUCAAACCAAUAGAUCGUAUUAUUAUGUUGAGAGCUUUGGCAGACUGGUGUGCUUCUCACUCUCCAGCUGCCCACAAUGAAAUUUACAAGCUAACACAUGGUAAAAAAGAUCCUGUCUUUGGCAUUCAAACCCAACAAGUGCCCAGGUAUUCUAUCGAAGGAAUUGAUAAUACCCUCAAUAAUUUUAAAAGGCUUUGUUCGUUAAUUCAGUCAAGAUAUGAAAUCAGAAGCAAGAAAAAACAUUUCGUCAAACAAUUAAAAGAAGGUAAAAAACCGGAUUUGUCAAGGAAGUUGGAAGUUCUAAAGGAAAUAAAAACGGAAAUGAAAAAUACGGCGAAACCCGAGAAGGAUGAAGUCUUAUUUUCACUAUAUGACAAAUGGGCUCAAUUAUUUGAAGGAGAAUUGCCCGAUCAACCACUAGGUAAUCCCUUUGCCGAAAGACUCUAUAAACUACGAUUGCAAGAAUUCUUUCUUGGUAGAAUUCCUCAUAUAGGUGAUUUUUAUAUCCCAAGAUUACACAGCUAUGGCGAAUCAUUAGAAAUGAGUACGUUUACUGAUCUAAGAAGCUUGCAAGAGCUACUCUCGAAAUUCAAGAACAAUGAAUACAACGCAUUUACGUUAUUUGAAAAUGACGGUCAAUCAAUGAGUGCCCAAUUCAAACUCUUUUACCACGAUACGCCUUCUUUGGCGCAUGAUGUCGCGCAGGGUAAAAAUACGCUGGGGAAGGUUUACUGGUAUGAAAUGUGUCACGAUUCAGCAACAUUGUUGGAAUUCCUGGAAUUCUUAGACUGUAAAAUUGCUAAACCUAAAGAUGAAAAGAAGGAAGAAAAGGACGGUGAAAAAGAAAGCGCCGUGGUUACCGAAGCACCACCGGUUGAGCAGAAACCAAAUUCUACUGCUGAUUCUAAUCCCUCUUUAAAUACGAAUCCACUACCAAAAGAUGCAAAAUACAACUCCGCGAGAAAGAAGCUACAGAUUUUAAAGGAAUUUUUGGGUGAUUUCUAUUUCAUUCUUCGUGAAUUGGAGCAAAUGAAAGUGCAAUUUGCAGAUAUGAAGCCAGGAAAGAGACAAUUGAGAAGGAUACAACGACAAAAUGUGAACUAUAAUACAGAAUAUGACAGUGAGGAAUAUGUAGAUGAUGAGGAUGACGAGCAAAUUGAGGAAGACGACGAGCAAAUUGAGGAAGACGACGAUGAUGACGAUGAUGAUGAUAAUGAUGAUUAUGACGAGAAUGAUUCUUUUUCAAGUAAUGGUAAAACUAAAAGACAACGUACUUAG